AUGCCCUCGCCCCUCCCGCGGCGCCCUCACCUGCCCGGCGACCUCUCGCCGUCGUCGGGGGACUCGCGGCCCUGCAGCAGCCCCUGCGAGCUCUUGGGGGGCAUCUUGCCGCGGGCCCCGCGCCUCCGGCGCCGGCUGGCCUGGUGCUCCAUCGACUGGGAGCAGGUGUGUCUACUACGGAGGCUGGGCGCGGGGGGCUUCGGCUCAGUGUACGAGGCCACGUACCACGGUGUGCGCGUAGCCGUCAAGCAGGUGAGCCGGUGCUCCAAGAACACGCGGGCGUCAAGGCGCAGCUUCUGGGCCGAGCUCAACGCGGCCCGGCUGCGCCAUGCUAACAUCGUGCGCGUACUGGCGGCCAGCACGCGCCCGCCACCGGGUUUCGACAGCCUGGGGACCGUCAUCAUGGAGUUCGGGGGCAACAUCACCUUGCACCAGGUCAUCUACGGCCCCACCGGCUGCCCCGGGGACGCUGGCGCGCAGCUGGGCUUGGAGAGGUGUCUAAAGUACUCCCUAGACGUGGUCAGCGGCCUGCUUUUCCUCCACGGGCAAAGCAUUGUGCACUUGGACCUCAAACCGGCCAACAUCCUCAUCAGUGAGCAGGAUGUCUGCAAGAUCGGGGACUUCGGCUGCUCCGUGAGGCUGGAAGACCUGCGGAGCCCGUGGACGCCUCACCACCUGGGCGGCACCUAUACUCACCGAGCCCCGGAGCUCCUCAAAGGAGAGCCUGUUACACCCAAGGCCGACAUCUAUUCCUUCGCCAUCACCCUUUGGCAGAUGAGCACGCGGGAGGCGCCCUUCUCGGGGGAGCGGCAGCACGUGCUCUAUGCCGUGGUGGCCUACCACCUCCGGCCCGCCCUCCGGGCACCCGUCUUCACCGACUCGGUCCCCAGGAAGACGCUGGCGGGCAUCGUCCAGCGUUGCUGGGCGGCCCUUGCUCCCGAGAGGCCGAGCGCAGAACUUCUCUUGGGGGACCUCCACGCUUUGAAAGAGGAGCUGGGAGGACUCGAGACUGGAUCCAAAUAAGCGUCUUUGUUUCUGAUCGUUUUUA